AUGGAUCAAACAUAUCUAAACAUUGGUUUGAUCAGUAGUUACCAUGGAGACAGCUCACGAGAGGAUGUUCCAUCACCUAGUCCAGAUUCGAAAUCGAAAUAUCCAGAAUACUGUAAAACAAUGGUGGUCCAGGAUUCCAAUGGUGUCAUGAAAGAGCUUGUGUUCCCUAAAGCCCUUGACCUGGACCGUCCCAAGCGGGCCAGGACCACUUUCUCCCCGGAACAGUUGUACCAGCUGGAGAGAGAGUUCCAGCGUAACCAGUACUUAGUAGGAAAGGAACGCACGGAGUUGUCCAAAAAUCUUCAGCUUUCGGAAACCCAAGUGAAAGUCUGGUUCCAAAACAGAAGAACAAAGUACAAACGAGAUCGAGGCCGUGAGGCGGAAGUUAGUGACAGUAAAGCAGAGAGCUUAGCUGCUUGUAACAUACUUAGGAUCCUACAAACUCGGGCUCCUACCUACCCAUCGCCACUCCUACCAACCUACGCCUACCCCUACUGA